AUGACCGAUCAACUUCCUGGCAGCGGCGCAGAGGCUUUGGCAGAGACCUUAGCACGACUAUCUAAGAAACCAGGGGUACAGGCGACGCUGGUGCUCGAAGCCUCUAGUGGUACCAUCAUCCAGAACUCUGGAUCCUUUUUGGCUUUUCGUUCGGCCUCCAGAUCAAACAAUGCCGGUGUUGCGACUGAAGAUUCAAACACGACGGCGAAUACGGAGAGCCAGGGCAUCGAAGAAUUAGCUGCUAUGGUAUGGAGCUUUGUGAAAUCGGCAGGAGGGCUUGUGAAUGGACUGGAUGUUGAGGACGAGGUUAAGUUACUGCGCCUCCGAACCAAGAAACACGAGCUUGUGAUUGUUCCAGAUCCAAAAUACAUACUCGUUGUUGUGCACGAAACCCCCCCAGCCUAA